UACAUCACAAACUUGCAAGCUAGUUAUUCAUUUCCUAUCAAACAGCACUGUUGCAUACUAAUGGCUCCGAUUCACAGGCUACAUGCUCAACACGAGUUGAAAAAUUGUUCAGCAGACCAAUACUUUAGUUUUCUAAAGUAUGACAUGGCAAAACUCCAGCGGAUUUGUCCUCAAUUUUUCAAGAGUUUCCAGACACCUGCUGGAGAUGAAAACGGUGUCGGCACCAUAUGGCUCGCGACAUUGGCUAUGGGGCCUUCUCAUGAGGAAAUGGUGAAGGUGAAGGUGAAGCAUAAGGUUGUAGCCGUGGAUGAUGAAAGUAGGACUCUUAAGGUCAGUAUGAUCGAUGGAGAUCUCUUGCGUAAGUAUCCAAAGAUAGAGCAGACGUUCACUGUAACUCCAAUAGUGACACAAGGAAAUGAGCAAAGCUGCGUAGUGAAAUUGUCCGUAGAGUAUUAGAAAUAAAAUGAAAAUGUCCCUCAUCCCCAUGAGUAUAUGGAGUGUGCAGCUAUCAUGAAUCAAGCCAUUGCUCGUCACGUUGCAAAGAAUGCAUAAUUUAUACACAAGCUGGCUAGCUGUACUAAUGACGCAUAAAUAAAACUCUUGGAUCGAUCGGAUCCAUUAAAUAAUAUAUGGUCAUCCCUGUAAGUCCCUAGUUAGUAAAUUGGCUAAUUAUACUCUUAUAAUUCGUGAA